AGAGAAACUUCCUUGACUGUAGAGACCUGUGUUCUGACAGUACAGGGAGGGCAACCUUUUCUCUUUUCAAAUGCUGUGCACAUUUAUUCAAAAUUCACUGGCAGAUCUAUCAGAGGAAUCAUGAGCCGUGGAUCUAAGUCUAAGACGGACUGUGCCCGCAGCUCUCUGCUGAGCCUGCAGGAGCAUGAGAAGCUGGAGGAUCUUCUGGGCAGAAGGUGUGCUUCCAUGGCCACUGCAGUAGCCCAGUUGUACAUGGCUCUGCCUCACAGUCCGUCCACGUGGAACUUGCAGCACACAGGAGUGGUGUGCUUCAUCAAAGACAACCCUCAGCGCUCCUACUUCAUACGGAUGUUUGAUUUGAAGGGAGGGAGGCUGGUUUGGGAGCAGGAGCUCUACAACCAAAUAGUUUACUCCUCGCCACAGUGGUACUUUCAUACCUUCGCUGCAGAUGACUGUCAAGUCGGUCUGAACUUUGCUGAUGAACAGGAAGCAGACGCCUUCCAAAAUGCAGUGGAGGGGAAAAUCUGCCAAAGAAAUAGCCGUCAUGACAAGAAACAGCGCCCCCUGCCAUCAAGUGACAGAGGAUCUCUGCCUCCGCUCCCCCCUGACAAAGCAUCAUCCGGUAGCCCUGGAUCUUAUCACAUGGCCACGGUGGACAUUCAGAACCCGGACAUCCAUUCCUCCCGCUACCGCUCGAUGCCUUCGCCUGCCGCCUGCUCAGCUCCGAGCGGCAAAGACAAGAAGAAGGACAAGAAGAAUAAGAAAAAGGGUCCCAAAUUCUCCAAAGCAGACAUAGGAGCACCCAGUGGAUUCAAGCACGUUUCUCAUGUGGGAUGGGAUCCCAACAAUCUGGACCCUGACCUGUCGAAGCUGCUCUCCCAGGCUGGGAUCAGUGAGGCUGAGAUGAGAGAUGAAAAGACGUCUCAGCUCAUCUACAACGUCAUCGAGCAGUCUGGAGGUUUGGAGGCCGUCAAAAGGGAGGUGAACAAAAAAGGGUCUGUACCUCCACCUCCUCCACCCAGUAGAGGGUCCCUGCCUCCUGUGCCGAGCUCCAGUCCGUCUGCCCCGGCCCCUCCACCUCAUCGAGGCCGCUCUGGCCCCCUGCCUCCCAUCCCUGGCCAGCCAGGGCGAGUGCCCCCAUCUGCUCAGCCAGCAACAGGACGUGGAGGCAAACCACCCCCGCUCCCUACGUCAGGCAGAGGCGGCCCUCCACCACCGCCGCCGCCAGGGCCAACUGCACACUCUCAAUUCCCUCCACCACCCUCCUCAAAUUCCUCUCACAUCUCUAUGUCUUCUCAUAACCUGCCUCCUCCCAUGCCGCCUUCUGGCCAACAGCGCUCCACAGGUUUACCACCUCCUCCUGUCCCAUCUGCACCCGGCAGAGGAGGAGGGCCUCCACCUCCUCCUCCGCCUCCUCCACCUCCUCAGAUCUCUGUUUCUCCAAAUCACCCACCACCCCCUCCUGUCUCUGGUGGCUCAGCACCACCUGCCCCUACGUCAAAUAAAGGAGGAGACAGCCGAGGAGAUCUGCUGGAUCAGAUCCGACUGGGGAAGAAGCUCAGAAAUGUGACGGAGAGCCCUGAUCCUGUUGCACCUUCCUCUCCUGCAUCCGGUGAGGGCAUCGUUGGCGCUCUCAUGAUGGUCAUGCAGAAGAGGAGUAAAGUCAUCCACUCCUCUGAUGAGAGUGAAGACGAGGGCGGAUUUGAUGACGACGACGACGACGAGUGGGACGAGUGAUGCAGAGGUUUUUUUCGAUUUUGUGGAUUUUGAAAUCCGGAGGAUGUGCAACAUGUUUACAACAGCUUUGAGUCAAACUGUGUCGGUGGUUAAAUAAACACGUAAUUCAGUAUGAAGUACAGUGAAGGAC